AUGGCUUUUGACAAGAAAAUUGAACAUUACAGGUGUGGACUUUUUGAUUCUCGUGACGAACAUGAUGCUUGUGGUGUGGGCUUCGUUGCCAAUGUCCAUGGCGAAAGAUCUACCAUGGUGAUUGAGCAGGCGAACACCAUGCUCAACCGCAUGGAGCACCGAGGAGCAUGCGGGUGCGACGAUGAGACGGGAGACGGCGCCGGUGUUAUGACUGGCGUUCCCUAUGAGCUCUACGAACGCUUCGCUAAAGAGGCAGGUGUCACAUUGCCACCCUUGGGCGAAUUUGCGGUCGGAAUGUUCUUCAUCAACGAGAAGGACAGGGUGGAGGAAGCGAUGCACCGCUUCGCCGAGUACGCCGAGGAGUGUGAAAUGCGGGUUCUGUUCUGGCGCAAAGCAGAUGUUAACAACUCACAAAUUGGACCAGUUGCAGCCUUCGCAGAACCCGUCACUAUUCAGGUCUUCGUAGUGCCAAAUGGGAAGGAAGAGGACUUUAAAAAUAUGAAAUUUGUCUGCAAAGUAUUCUUUCUUCGAAAGUAUGCUUCACAUAAGUUCGAAACAGAUGAAAUUGCCUACAUAUGCAGUCUGUCGCCAAAUACUGUGGUCUACAAGGGUAUGUUUACGAGCCGUCAGCUGUGGGAUUACUUCGAGGAUCUUCAGUCACCCGACUUCAGAACCCACUUCGCAAUCGUGCACAAUCGCUUCUCGACUAACACCUUCCCUUCGUGGUCUCGAGCCCAUCCGCAACGCAUGAUGGCGCAUAAUGGUGAAAUCAACACACUAAGGGGGAAUGUGAACUACGCACGGGCACGUCAGGCACUGAUGGAAAGCACACGGUUUGGGGAGAGGCUUAAACAGCUUUUCCCAAUCAUCGAGAGCGGGAUGUCUGACUCGGGAUGCUUUGACAACCUUCUGGAAUUCCUCUGCUAUUGUAGUACUCGAUCCCUGCCCGAAGUGGUCAUCUCCAUGAUUCCUGAGGCAUGGCAGGCAGACGAGGCCAUGCCCCAGCACAAACGCGUCUUCUACAAGUGGGCUGCCAGCCUGCUCGAACCAUGGGAUGGUCCGGCGUUGGUUGUCUUCUCCGACGGCCGAUACAUCGGCGCUAUUCUAGACAGAAACGGUCUGCGUCCUGCACGCUACUAUACCACUACCGAUGGCAUGAUCUACAUGUCCUCCGAGGUCGGCGUAGUCGAUCUACCCGAUGUGGUCGGUGUCAAGGCUAAGUCUCGAUUAAAGCCGGGCCGUUUGCUCAUUGUGGACACACAAGCCGGCGAAUUACUCAAUGAUGAGCAGUUGAAGCAGGACAUCGCCUCCCGCUAUCCAAUCUUUGAAUGGGUUAGAGAAGGGGCAAUAGAUUUGGAGCAGCUGCACGAGGCCCGAGGACCAUUUGAUGCUGCAGAAGUAGCGGCUUUCUCGCUGCAUGCCACAACCGAAAUCACUGGCGACUGCAACGGCGGGGGCGCCACAACCACCGGUUCUCUCACCCAUGACCCGCGUUUGACGUUAUUUGGGUUCACACCGGAGAACAUGAGCAUGCUCCUUCUGCCCAUGCUGAGCAACCAAAAAGAGGCAUUGGGCUCAAUGGGUAACGACAUUCCAUUGGCCUGUCUUUCCGAAUAUGAUCCUCUGAUCUACGAGUAUUUCAAGCAGCUCUUCGCACAAGUCACCAACCCACCGAUCGACCCAUUCCGGGAGAGAAUCGUUAUGUCUCUGGCCUGUCCCAUUGGACCCGAGGCGAACGUUCUCGAACCUAGCCCUCUUCAAGCCCACCGUCUGUGGCUCUCCCAGCCCAUUCUUUCCCUCUCCGACAUGCUCCUCUUCCGGAGCCUUCAGUCUCCUUUACCGACGACUCAGACAUCAUCAUCGCUCACCUCACACGUAUACGGCUGGCGUUCGCGUCUGCUUGAGCCCUCCUUUGCCCUUUGCCCCGGCGUCCGACCAGUGGAUCUGGGUGGACUGUUGCGCGGAGCGUUGGAAGCGCUUUGUGCCGCCGCAGAGAAAGCGGUACGAGAUGGAGUGAGCAUCAUCAUUAUUAGUGAUAGAAGGCUUAGUGCAGACACAGUCCCGGUGCCUUCGUUGCUGGCUGUCGGAGCAGUGCACCAGCACCUACUCAAAGUAGAACUCAGGAUGAAAGUUGGACUGGUGGUGGAGUCGGGUGAUGCUAGAGAAGUUCAUCACUUCUGCGCCUUGCUGAGUUUUGGCGCGGAUGCCAUUUGUCCCUACAUGGUUUUCGAGGUGGUUCAAGGCCUUCACAGAGAAGGAAUGCUCAUUCCGACUGGACCGGAUUCCAACAAAUCCAGUAAUGAGGCUUUCUUUAAGAAUUACGUCAAAGCCGUCGGGAACGGCAUUCUCAAGGCAAGUAAUCCAAUUCCAACCACUUCUACUCAUAAAUAUGCUAGUAGCUCUAACUUGGUUAUGGCCAAGAUGGGCAUCUCCACAUUGCAGUCAUACAAGGCAGCGCAAAUCUUCGAGGCUGUUGGCCUGGCUCGAGAAGUGAUAGAUAUGUGUUUCACUGGAACCGUUUCGCGAAUCGCUGGUGCUGGAUUCGAUAUCCUUGCCACGGAAGUCUGCUCGCGGCACUCGAAAGCCUUUGGUUUGUUGCACACAUUUAACGGGACUUCCGUUGAUUCGCGGCGAGACUGCAUGGCAGAUGGAGAGGAUCGAGUACCUGGCACUGGUUCCUUUUUGCAAAAUCCUGGCUUCUACCACUGGCGGUCGGGUGGCGAGAAACAUAUGAAUGAUCCUGUUACUAUUGCGAAGCUUCAGGCAGCAACACGUAACAACAGCAGUGAAAUCUUCCGCCAAUUUACAGAGUCAGCUGACGAGCAGGCGCGCCAGUGCACCUUGCGCGGCCAGUUCGAGUUCAAAUUCGCCGAGAAGCCCAUCUCUGUAGACCUCGUGGAGUCAGUGACGGAGAUCGUGAAGAAGUUCGCCACUGGGGCCAUGAGUCUCGGUUCCAUUUCUGCAGAGACGCACAGUGCUCUAGCCAAGGCCAUGAACACCGUCGGUGGCCGGUCGAACACCGGAGAGGGCGGAGAGCUGCCCGAUCGUUACCUCAAUCCCCUUCUAUCUUCGUCCAUCAAGCAGGUGGCCUCGGCCCGCUUCGGUGUAAACAGCUCGUAUCUGGCACACGCGGACAUGCUGCAGAUUAAGAUGGCACAGGGCGCAAAACCUGGUGAAGGGGGCGAGUUGCCUGGUCACAAGGUGACCGCGGAGAUCGCGCUUCUGCGUCAUUCCGUACCUGGUGUCGGCCUUAUCUCCCCACCGCCUCACCAUGAUAUAUACUCCAUUGAAGACCUUGCGCAGCUUAUUUACGAUUUGAAAGCGGCAAAUCCGAUGGCAGUGGUCAGCGUCAAAUUGGUCUCUGAAGUUGGCGUGGGGGUGAUUGCAUCUGGGGUCGCCAAGGCCCAUGCAGCCCACAUAAUAGUUUCCGGACACGAUGGUGGAACAGGCGCCAGCUCCUGGACGGGCAUAAAGAAUGCGGGCUUGCCGUGGGAACUGGGAAUUGCGGAGACGCAUCAGGUGCUGGUUAACAAUCAUACGAGAUCCAAGGUCGUGCUGCAGGUCGAUGGUCAAAUCAGGACGGCUCGUGAUGUGGUGAUAGCAGCCAUCUUGGGUGCGGACGAGUUCGCCAUGUCGACUGCACCGCUGAUUGUGUUGGGUUGCACAAUGAUGCGCAAGUGUCACCUCAACACCUGCCCUGUGGGCAUUUGCACGCAGGACCCGGUUCUGCGCAAGAAGUUUGCUGGGGUCCCCGAACACCUCAUUAACUACUUUUUCCUACUGGCCGAGGAUGUGAGGCAACUUCUGGCGCAACUUGGAUUCACACGGCUCACUGAUAUCACUGGACGCACGGAAUUGCUUCAGCAACGCAACAGUCCAACAAACGAAAAAACCGCUUGCCUUGACCUCUCUCCCCUGCUAGCGAUGCCUACCUCGCCCUUUAAGGAUCAAAUCUUCGACCAUCGCUUAGGUCUCCCCAUAUGGGACUCAAUGGCCUCCAUCGACGUCCUUGAUGCUCCGCUCCACUGCGGCAUCAGCGGUAUCACGAUGGAGGCCUCGCCGACCCUGCGCCUGGCCAGCUCCCUGCCCCCAGAUAGGCACUGGGACCGUCGACUCCUCAUUGCUGCCAUUCCACUACUUGAGACGCCAUGUGGGAUGGGUGGGAAGGACGAUGAAGUUCUGCCCGUCGUGCGAAUCUCUGGUGCUAUCUCUAAUGAAGAUCGAGCGUUUGGAGCCUCGCUUAGCUAUGCGAUCUCAAUGAAAUUUAAUGAGGAGGGAUUACCGAAGACGCGACGUUUGGAGGUCAACCUGCGCGGCCACGCAGGCCAAUCGUUUUGCGCCUUCCUCGCCCCUGGUGUCUACGUUAGCCUUACCGGUGAUGCCAAUGACUAUGUGGCGAAGGGCCUCUCUGGCGGAAAAGUGACCAUCGUCCCGGCGUCGCGGCUGCUCACAAAGAAUUUCCACUCUGAGGACCAUAUAAUCGUUGGCAAUGCCUGUCUCUACGGUGCCAUUGAGGGUCGCGUCUUCAUUCGUGGACAGGCUGCAGAGCGCUUCUGUGUUCGCAAUUCAGGCGCCAUUGUUGUGGCAGAAGGAUGUGGUGACCACGGCUGCGAGUACAUGACGGGUGGUCGUGUGGUUCUUCUGGGUCGCUCUGGUCGCAACUUCGCUGCAGGCAUGUCCGGAGGCCUAGCCUUUGUCUACGACGCCGAUCGCGUCUUUAAGGCACGCUGCAACCUCCAGACUGUUAGUCUCUUUGACAUGACCCUCGAAAACGAGUACGCCACCUGGCUCUGCACAAUCAUUCGGAACUUCUUCGAUGAGACGGGCUCUCUGGUUGCACGGCACAUCCUCAAACACUUCGACUCGGAGGUGAGCAACUUUGUUCUCGUCUUUCCCAACGACUAUCGCGCGGCGCUAAUGGCUAUGGCAGCUGAUAAUAACACCAUAGCGACGAAUGGUCCUACGUCGGCAAAUGGAGACUCUGUUGCUCCUGAUGACGAAGAUGCUGUAGCAGCGGCGGCGGCGAAGUCCGUUGUGGAUGGUACCAAAAAUAUCGAUAUCGAGGAUGCGCAAAAAGGUUUGGCGAUGGUGGAGAAUGGAACGGCGAUGGAGAGACCAGACAAGUUGCGGGGAUUUGUUAAGUAUCCGCGCACGAAGAUAAAGUACCGGCCUGUAGGGGAGCGUCUGUGUGACUGGACCGAAGUGUACGCACACGCGAGUUUGCGCCACGGUCUCAAGACACAGGCAGCACGAUGCAUGGAUUGCGGCGUGCCUUUUUGUCAGUCCGGCUUCGGCUGUCCUCUUGGCAACCUUAUUCCCGAUUGGAAUGACCUCGUCCAUAAGGACCAGUGGUUGGCAGCGCACGAAGCAAUGAUACAGACCAACAACUUCCCCGAGUUCACCGGUCGCGUGUGUCCUGCACCUUGCGAGGGUGCCUGCGUGUUGGGCAUCAUUGACCUUCCGGUGACAAUCAAGAACAUUGAAUGCGCCAUAGGUGAGUUUGGCUGGGAGCACGGACUCAACGUUCCUCGACCUCUUCCCGCCUCCAAAGUCACCGGCAAACGUAUCGCCAUUGUUGGUUCCGGGCCUUCUGGCCUUGCUUGUGCUGCUCAACUUAUCAAGGCGGGUCACAAGGUAGUGGUGAUGGAGCGUCGUAAUCUACCCGGUGGUCUGAUGCGCUAUGGGAUUCCCACAAUGAAGCUGGACCGCCGCGUCCUUGAUCGUCGACUAGACCUGAUGCGCGCCGACGGCGUGGAAUUCUUGUGCAAUGUGCAGGUGGGUAGCUCUUCUAUGGAUCUCAACGCCACCUGCCGACCUGCGGACGAGGUGGUCAAAGUGGUGCCCGCUAAAAAGCUUCUCGAGGAUUUUGAUGCUAUUGUUCUCUGCCUGGGUUCCACUUGGCCGCGUGAUCUCAACAUUCCUGGGCGCAAUCUGGAAGGUAUCCAUUUUGCAAUGAGUUUUCUUGAGCCUUGGCAGCGCAAACAAUCGAAAGUCACUGAGUCGAACGCCGCUGCCACGUCGUCAGUGGAGGCACUGCUUCGAAAUUCAGGGGAGUUUGCUGAUCUCCCCACGCUCGCGCGUGACAAACGCGUCGUUGUGAUUGGCGGUGGAGAUACUGGGGUCGACUGCAUUGCUACUGCUACUAGGCAGGGUGCGAAAAGCGUGGAGACUCUGGAAAUAAUGGCGACGCCGCCGGGUAGUCGUGAUAAUCGGACGAAUCCUUGGCCAGAGUGGCCACUCAUCUUCCGUACGGAAUACGGUCAUGAGGAAGUGGCAGUGCACUACGGUCGCGACCCACGCACAUUCAACAUUCUCACCAAGGCUUUCGUCGCCGCGUCCAACGAUCCCACCCGUCUUGGUGGUCUGAGCACCGUCUCAGUGCGCUGGGAAUUGCCCGCAGGUGAAGACUCUAACGCUCGACCCAAGCUUGUGGAGAUACCUGACACAGAGAAGACGAUUGAGUGUGACAUGGCCCUCUUGGCAAUGGGCUUCCUGGGACCGGAGAAAUCAAUUCUUGAGGAGCUGAACCUGACGGCUGACUCAUGGUCCAAUGUCAAGACAGCGAGUGGUAAAUUCUCUACUUCUGUGCCACGGGUGUACGCUGCUGGAGACUGUCGUCGGGGUCAAUCUUUGGUGGUUCACGCCAUCAACGAGGGUCGUCAAGCUGCCCGACAAGUCGAUAUAGAUUUGAUGGGCAAUAGUACACUGCCUGGUCCUGGAGGCAUCAAUCCGCCGGAAAACACAAAACUUACGUCCUUCUAUCCCUAUGAGAAAUCACAUAUAAAUCCAUCCUCACCCCCUAUUUUCGGCUAUUCCAUCUGUUAA